AUGAAAGCUCUUCGAAUUGAUAUGUUGUCAACAGACAGCGAUUUGAGCGAAUCAAAUUUUUACUUGGAUGGUCAGGAGAGGGAUUUCAAAAAAAUGGAAAAAAAAAAUACAAAUUGUGCUAUGGACAACCCAGACAGUGAUGUAGACAGUGACAAGGAAUACUUUAUUGACUGUUUUGAAGGAGUCACCAAGGCGAUUCCGAACGGGGGGAAAGCUUCUAACGAAAAUGGAACCACGGAGGAGGGUAAAAGGUUCACGGGUGACAAUCCCGCAGGGGAUAAUGGUGAAGGCAACAAUGCCGCAUGCAGCUAUGGAGAUGACGACUUAAGGGGAGAUUUGGAAAACUUCCAAAGCUUCGACUUAAGCUCGUCCGACAUGGACGAUAAAAGAUUUGAAAAGAAGGAAAAAUUUUCCGAGCAGUACAAAAUUAACAUAAUAACAGAAUCGGAUAUAUCUCUUGAGGAAGAAAAAUGUUUUAGACAUAGCAUGGAACUAAGCGACAACGCAGACGAGGUGCAAUGUAGACAAUUAAACCUUUAUGCCGACGAAUCGAAUGAUAAACCGUUAGGAUGUGCGGCAAAAGAGAAUCAUUCUCUCCAUCCAGGAAAGGAUGCUACAAAUAAAGUGGGAGAGAUGGGUGACUCUUUUGAAAGGACAGAUAAAUUAACCAGGAAGAAAUAUUACUCAAAUGAGGAGGAAUGUGAGGGAACGAGGGAAAAUCACUGGAAAAAUGAAUUGGAAAUGGAAGAAGAGAUAAAUGUUCAGCAAAUGGACACCGACGCGGGUGAGCAAGACGGAGAAAAUGAAUCCGGGAAUGACACAAAAUUUGUUGAGACAGAGAAAACAGUGGAGGACUGCGACAUGUCAGAAAGGGGUGUAAAUUUUAAUUAUAAAAAUAUUACCUUCAAAAAGGAACAGUUGAACAAAAUGAGUUUAACCAAUCAGAAAAGGCAUGGGUUUACUGAGGGGAGAGGGCGACCAGUUGGCAAAUUCCCAUUUGUGCUUGUAGGGGGAGUAAGGAAGGGGAAUCCGUUGCACAAGUGUGCACAGAAAGCGGAUAAGCUCAGUGACAAAGUGGAAGAAGUGGACAUUGCAGGAAAAGUGGAUCGUGUGACAAAGGUAGAAAGGAAGCCCAAACGAUUCGAUCAACAAAGAAAAUUCCCCUUUCGUGAUUAUUACUCCACGAAGAAGAACGAACAAAAUGGCGAAUGGGAAAAAAAGCAGGACCACCAAACCACGGACGAGCUGAUCACCAGCAGCGCCUACGAAAAGAGCGACACGGGGGACUCGCUUAACAGUGAGCCUGAAAAUGGCACUGAAAAUGAAGAUGACCUUGACGAUGGAAAAUUUAACCAUUAUAAGCACCAGAACUUUUUCUCCAAAGAACGAGGGCCCAAAUGUCUCCCCCAGUAUGGGAAAAGAAGCAACAAACAGAACAAAUCUGUGCAUCCUAAAUUUUUCUUAAAAUCACCCCUGAUUCGGAAGCAGUUUUUUAGUGAGGCCUCUGAGCAGUGCAAGCGAAGUGAAAUAAGAAAUGCGCCUAACAAGAAGGCUGACCAUGAAAGCUACAUGUGCAGGCAGAAGAGUGGAAAAAGCAGAAAAGACUUUAAUAAUCCAAAUUGCUAUAUACCUCCGAAGAGGCCUAAUUUCUACGGGAAAAAAUUGUAUGAACAUGAAAUGAUGAAAGCACCCAAAAGUGUGAGCAAACGGACAGUUGGUGUUCAAAUAAAUUUGAGAGCCAAAAAAGAAUAUAAAAAAAGGGGAAACACAAAAAGCGAAUUAUCCAUUCAAAGUUACCGAAGGGUGAAGGUAAAAAUCCCCGUGUUCGAACUGAAACAGGCAGAGAUAAAGAAUUACGAUUUUGAUGCAGUUCUGGUGAAGGAUGGAAGGGUUGUUCCACGGAAAAAGGAUCCCAUACAGGAAUUUCUCCGGGCCUACAUUUCGUACAUAAACCAGCGCUAG